CUCAGUUGGCUAUUCCGGCGACUCGGAAACUGGAUUGGGCCAACAACACCGAGGCAUGGAGCGAGCUGAUGGCGGCUCUGUGGCACCUACACCUGCUGCUGUUGCUCCUCCUCUACCUGAUACCAUCAAGUUGCUGGGCGGCCGGCAACGAGGCCAACAGCCGAAUUGUGGGCGGCGUCCCAGUGGACAUCGGCAGCGUGCCCUACUUGGUUAACCUGCGCAUCGGUGGUCGGUUUAUUUGCGGCGGCUCAUUGGUCACACCCCAGCAUGUGGUCACGGCGGCACAUUGUGUCAAGGGAGUGGGCGCUGCCCGCAUCCUGGUCGUGGCUGGCGUUACAACGCUAAGCGAAGCGGGUGUCCGGAGUGGCGUGGAGAAGGUCUACACCCCAAAGGCCUACAGUACUCGCACCCUCAACACAGACGUGGCUGUUCUGAAGCUCAAGACACCGCUCAGUGGUCCCAAAGUGGCCACUAUUGAGCUCUGCAAUGCCAGCAUGAAGGCCGGCGAACUAAUCAAGGUCUCUGGCUGGGGCCAGAUCUCGGAGCGCAAUAAGGCCGUCUCUAUGCAAGUGAGAAGCGUGGACGUGGCUUUGAUUCCCCGAAAGACUUGUAUGAGCCAGUACAAGCUGCGUGGCACCAUCACCAGCACCAUGUUCUGCGCCUCGGUUCCUGGAGUCAAGGAUGCCUGUGAGGGCGACUCUGGGGGACCGGCCGUUUACCAGAAUCAACUCUGCGGAAUAGUUUCAUGGGGUGUCGGCUGUGCCCGACAAAAGUCCCCAGGUGUCUAUACGAAUGUAAAGACUGUAAGGAGCUUCAUUGACAAAGCCUUAGGCAUGUGA